UGAAGAGUUAAUGGUGUCCGGCGGCCUCUGCUGGCUGUGAUUGGCCCGCAGCAGCAGCUCUGGGACGGUCAACAAGUCUCCGCUGAGUGCGCAAUAAAAAAAUAGAAGAGCAGAAGUCAUUUGGACGAGGAGGAGGACGCGGUACAGAGCGGGCUGGGUUACGAAUAUUUACUUAAUUCAAACUUAAAUAAAAUCCCGGUUUCACUCUUGAAUCCCGUUAUUUUGUGGAAGCGCGCAGAGAAGAAGCUGGAGGUCGGUGGAAAAUCGUCCGCUGUCACUUCAGAUUCAUGGACUCGAUUCAGACUUCAGCGGAAAGCUUUUCUGCCAAGAGGCUCAAACAAGACUGACUUCUUUCUUUCAAUCUCCAGAUUUAUGGAAUAUGAAUAUGGACAUCCUGAAGAUUGUGCUGUUCAUGUUUGAGGCUGCCUUACUGACCGACUGUGUAAGAGGACCUCCGCGGGUUUCUGAGAAAAUCUCUCACAGACAGACGGCCCGGUUAGGAAGUGCCAUCAAGCUGCCGUGCCCGGUGGAAGGAGACCCCCCACCGCUCACCAGGUGGACCAAAGACGGACGCACCGUCCACAACGGCUGGAUCCGCUUCCGUGUCCUCCGCAUGGCCCUGAAAAUCAAAGACGUGGAGGCGGACGACACGGGGACCUACAACUGCCAAGCAACUAAUGGAUUUGGAAGUGUGAACGUCAACUACACUCUCAUUGUUAUUGAUGACUCAAGUUCUGGUCAACCCAGAAGAGUUAACGGACCAGAAUCUGAGCCGGACAGUGAUAAACUUGUGCGCCCUCGCUUCUCUCAACCUGAAAAGAUGAGGAAGAGGGUGAUCGCUUGUCCCGUGGGCAGCACGGUUCGUCUAAAAUGCUCCGCCAACGGGAACCCUCGACCGGACAUCGCGUGGCUGAAGGACGACCGGCCUCUGACGGAGCAGGAAGUCGGCGAAGGUCGUAAGAAACGGUGGACUCUGAGUCUGAAGAACGUGAUGCCCGACCACAGCGGCAGAUACACCUGCAGGGUGUCUAAUCGAGCGGGGGAGAUCAACGCCACUUACAAAGUCGAAGUCAUUCAGAGGACAAACUCCAAACCGGUUCUGACAGGAACACACCCGCUCAACACGACGGUGGGCUACGGGGGCACCACGUCCUUCCAGUGCAAGGUGCGAAGCGACGUCAAACCCGUCAUUCAGUGGCUCAAACGUGUGGAGCCCAACGAGGAGAGCCGCUACAACUCCACCAUCGAGGUGGGGGACCACCGGUUCGUGGUGCUGCCCACGGGGGAGGUGUGGUCCAGGCCCGAUGGCUCCUACCUCAACAAGCUGCUCAUUACCCGCGCCAAGGAGGAGGACGCUGGCAUGUACAUCUGCUUGGGCGCCAACACCAUGGGCUACAGCUUCCGCAGUGCGUUCCUGACUGUGCUUCCAGACACAAAGCCCCCCAUCACCUCCAUGUUCCCAGCGACCUCCAGCUCCCUGCCCUGGCCGGUCAUCAUCGGCGUUCCCGCUGGAAUCGUCUUCAUCUUCGCCACCGUGCUGCUGUGGUUCUGCCAGAACAGAAAGCAUUGCCCACCUCCCAGCACCCCGGCUGCACAAAGCUCCCACCGGCUCCGAGAGCGGGACAGGGCCCUCGCUGCGGCGUCGACCGGCUCCUCCAGCCCGGAGAAAGACUGCAUGAGCUCCAUGAACUAUGAGGAGUACCUGGCCCAGCAGCAGCUCCUCCUUAGCAAGGGAGGACCAUCAGCCCUGCCUAAAAUAUACCCCAAAAUCUACACGGACAUACACACACACACACACUCACACGUGGAUGGGAAAGUACACCAGCAUCAACACAUUCAUUUUCAGUGUUAGCGUCUCGGAUGGACGUUGAUUCUGAGGGACGUUCAUGUGGAACCGAUCUCCAGAAACUGUUGCGGGGAAAAUGUGUGUGUGUGUGUGUGCGUGCGUGCAACGGACAGUGGCCAGUGUCUUUUUUCAUAAAAACUUCCAUGUUUGGUGCUUUUUUUAAAAAAAACAAGAAAACUUGUUGAAAGUUCACACCACUAAAACCCAUUCAUCCUUUUCGUGCACUUGUUACGGUUUAUUCGUUCAGGAUGUGAGUUCAAACGGAUCAGAGCGGAGAGGACGAGAUCAAAUAAAUAAAAAACGGUACUAGAGGUCGAUCAAAGGGCUGUUUUUAUGCUCCUACUCAGGUUUUCCUCAUGUUUAAAGCAUUUUUCUGGUAAUGCUGACCACUAUGUUAUUUUUCCAUCCCACACGUAUGUUCCUUUUUACAGGUGAUAUAAAAUAGACUUGUAACUUGUUCAUGGCGUGCAAACCUUGCCAAAGACUGCAAGGGAUGGAAGGAUUGUUUUUUUUUCUUCUUCAGAUCAGUUCUCAUCACUAGUUUUUACCGUCUCGAGGCAAACCAGCAGAAAGCAGUCUUUUUGACCAUUAAUGAAGUUGUAGUCAGAAUAUUUAAUUUAUUUUCAUAAAAAAAGUAUCAAAAGGUUUAUUUUUCAGGCAUUUAAAAUUUCUGUAAUUUUUCUUUUGUCCACCAGUUUGUUUGCAUUUACUUCAUGUUUCGUUAUGUAAUUUGACAAUCUUGUAUUUUGUUUAAAAAGAAGUUUGAUUAAAUGACCUGAAAUAAGA